AUGAGUGAUCCCAGAAGACUCUCUUUGUUACCAAAGAGUAUUCUUAAACAGAAAUUUAAAGAUGAUGAUACGACAGGUAACAGCCAAAACUUGACUAUGUCGCAGAUACAGUUUCCUACACAGGGAUUGUCGAAAGAGGAAAUUUUAGAUGGUAAUAAUACUACAUCCAGAAUAAAUGCAUCUUUCUCAAAGGGUAAUAGACGUGUUUCUUUUGCACCAGAUGUAACUCUACACAAGUUUGAUUUUAUACCACAAUCCAUUCAGAAUGUGAGAGAGCCAAGAAGAAAAUCUGCUCUAACAGUGGAGGUACCAAUUAACCAUGACUUAUCUGGGGAGAGGAAAGAUACUAGUGAUUCUGGUGAGACGAUGGAGUUCACGAGUCCAAUUGGAUCGAUUUUUCAGACUACCGAACCAUCCGAUGAGUCGAAAAAUGACAGUUACCAACCAAUUUUUGACAAGGAGGUGUCGAUGGAUAUUACACAGUUGUUUGCUAAACAUAGCGCUAAACCAGACGAUGAUACCAAAGAUGAAGAAAAUAUUGAAAAUAAUAUUCAAAAGCCAAAAGAUACGGAGGAGAAGAUAGAGUAUGGAAAUGGGAAUGAAGACAAAAACCUCAAUGAGAAACAAAAUACGAACAGCGUGGUCACUGAGAUAAGUAAUGUUGAAACCAAAGUAUUAGACGAGACAAUGGAUCUUACAAUUCCACGAAGACAACUUAGGACUAAUGAAGAGGAGUCUAUGGAAUUUACUGAGCAAAUACUGGUCAACACUGCCGAAUUUGGAACCCAACCUUCAGAGGCUACCCAAACAAUCAAAAAAUCCACACCCCCUGCUCCAGAAGAGACCAUGGAGUUUACAAAUUUACAGGCUCCUUUAGAGUUACGCCCCUCACAAGUAGUAUCUUCCACCCAGCUGGAGGCCCCUCUUCCAUCAGCAAAGAGAAGAAAACUUUCGAAUGGCUCGUAUCAGUCACCAGUCAAAAACCAAAUAGCAAGUAGGGAAGAAGAAAAAGAGAAUUUUGAUUCAGAUUUCGCAGAUAUGGAAAGACUUUCUCCAAUCCCAAUUACCACAGAUGCUGCUCCAAAUCAAGCCAAACCUUUAGAUCACCCAACGACUCUUUCUACAGAGAAAGAGUAUCAAGCGGCGACACAAAGCCAAGUAGAACCUAUUGCUCUAGAAACAUUUUUUGAAGAGACAGGGGUGAAAUUUGAUGUGGAAAAUACUAUAGAUGAACUGAAAAUAAAGUUCAGCAGUACGGAAGAGAUUGAAACAGUUCCUUCAAAUAUUUUACACCAGGCGCUAUAUUACAAUAUCCCAAUUCUUGAAAUACAGGCUUUUACUGCCAAAGAGUUGAAUAGAAGAAUAAUACAAUCAAAAAUGCUUUUGAAAAGUUUACAAGAUCAAAUUGCCUCUAAUGCUCCUCCAAGACUAAUAAAAGAGUAUUUCGACUCAGAUAAAGAAAUCCGCAAUAUUGCAGACAAGAAGUUACAAUUGGUGACAAUCAUGUCCAGAUUGCAAUCGGAAAAAGUAUGGUUUGAGUGGAGAUCCCAACAUUUAAAAGGGAUCAAGACAGUCCUCGAAGAAAACAUGGCUAUUUUACUUGACGAAAACGCACAAAUCAUGAAAUACAUGAAUGAAAUUAAUGAUAUCAAAAUGAGAGUCAGUGAUAUUAAACAUGUACUUCUUAAGGAAAUAGAUAUCUUGGGUAAACAUAACGAAUCUUUUGACGAAACAAACGAGCAGGUCUCAGUUCUUCUGAAAGUCAAUAAACUGAAAGAGGACCUUAAAGAAAAUAUGUUGAAAAUUGCAGAUCUAAGUAAAUUAACGGCCAAAAAGGAUCAACUAACCGAUCGUAUACAAACAAUAAGAGAACAGAUAAACAAAGUAAAUGAAGAAACACACGAACUCCAGAAGGAAUUGAGACACAAUAAGGUCUGCACAAGUUACGAAGUAGAAAAACUCAAAAGGAAUUUCUCAUUAUAUCAAAAUAUCUCCGGAAUCAAAUUCAAGAGCAUUAGAGGCUCCAUCUUGACAACUUCGCUAUACAAUAGCAAAAUCACAGUCUCCAUAUACCUUUCAAAGCUUGAUCAGCCAUCAUGCAUAUCGUUCAAAAUUCAAGAAGAGGGGAUAAGCGAAUCCGAAAUGGCUUUCAUCAAUUGCUGGAUAGUAUCAUGUAAGAAUAACUUUUCCAAUGGAAUUAAUUCAGUGUGCUUUCUUCAAAAACAGCUAACCAACCUUCUUAACGUCUUUUCGGAGUUUGAGAAAUUGAAGCUAAUGUUUUCGACUUUCAUAAAGUCAGAACCUGAAAAUGAUAAGACAAUCAAAAUCCAGCCCUUCGAUUGUAAAUAUCAUUGCAAGUUAUCCCUAUCAAUACCCAUUGAGCAUUUUUUUGAUGUAGUCUGCAAUUCGAAAAAGGUUACUAUAAAAGCAAAUAUUCUUUAUGGGGAUGAUAGGACGGCAAGGGAAAUUACUGAUAACUUUGUUAAGAGAUAUGAAAAGGCAUUUGGGUGGCUCUCAAACUGUAAUUUGGUCGUAUAUUGA